AUGGGAUCAAGAUCAGUUCAUUUGCCUGCAGUCAACAAAGAGAUAAUGAAAAUGGGAUUUGUUCUCACACACUCUCAGCAGGUGAACCUUUGUGCUGAAGUCACUGAACAGGAAAUUUUUGAAACAUUAAAUGCAAUUGGGGAUGAUAAAGCACCGGGAUUUGAUGGCUACAAUGCAUUAUUUUUCAAAAGAUCUUGGACAUUGAUCAGGCCAGAAGUGUGUCAAGCAGUGGAGAAUUUCUUUCAUACGAGCAAGCUAUUUAGAGCUAUCAACUGCACAGCCAUCACCUUGAUUCCUAAGAAAGUUAUUGCAUCAGUUGUGUCAGACACCCAAGCUGGUUUCAUUCCUGGUAGGAAAGUUGCAGAUUAUGUCCUACUGGCCCAUGAGUUAGUUAAGGCUUACUCAAGGAAGAAUAUUUCUCCAAGAUGCCUCAUUAAAGUGGAUAUACAGAAAGCCUAUGAUACUGUUGACUAG